AUGCCCAGAUUCUUCUUCUUCUUCUUCUUCCUCUUUCUCUCUGUGAUAGCGUCGGCGAGCUCCGGUAAUCCCCUUCCCCGAUCCAACCGCCGGGCGCUUCAUCAGCCCUUCUUUCCGCUGUUCUCGGAGCCCCCGGCGGAGCCCCCUUCCCUCUCCCUCCCCAAGUACCCUUCCUCGACAAACCCGCUUCCCUUCUUCCCGCUCUUUCCCCCUCCUCCUCCUCCUCCUCCUCCGCCGGCCAUCUCCAACACUACCUCCUCCUCCUCCAGCCAGCCGACCUUCCCAGGGAACCUCUCCUCCAUCAUCCUCCCGCAUUCCACUUCUGCAACUCCUUCCUCGUCGUCUAAGAAGCUCAUCCCAGCCAUCCUCCUCCCCAUCCUCUCCGUCCUCUUCCUCGGGCUCGCCUUCGCCCUCUUCUACCGUCGCCGGCGGCGAGGCUUUCUCAGCGAGAAAGACUGCAGAUCCGACGAUCGCCGCCUCUUCCCGGCCCUCUCUGCCACCUCCGACGGCGGCCGGAACUUCUCCUACGGCUCCUCCGCUGCCGCCGGCGGAGAGUUCCUGUACCUGGGCAACCUGACUAGCUCCAGUGGAGCCGUCGACGGAGAACCAGCUCCCCCUCCGCCGACGACUGGCUCGCCAGAGCUCCGUCCUCUCCCUCCUCUUCUCCGCUCCUUCCGCCGUGGCUACGGCAAUGGUGAGGCGGGUUGCUCGUCGGAGGAGGAGUUCUACUCCCCCAGGAGCUCCUCCGCCGGGAAGGACAGCCCCCGCGGGCUGAGGAGCGGCUCUGGUUCGAUCUCCAGGAGGACCUUCCUCCCCGGAGAAAAAUGCGAGCCGACGAACACAACUCUGAGCUCCCCGUCGUCUCCUUCUUCCAAUUCCGAGCCUUCUCCGGCGCCGUCGUCACCUCCGGACGAUUCCAGCCAUGGAAAAUCCAUCCUCGGAUCGUCGAGCUCCUUAUCAGACGAGGAUUUCGUUAACGACGCCGGACUACGCUUCCCUCCGCCACCGCCGCCGCCGCCUCCGCCGCUUCACCAGUCGACUCCAUCCCCACCGAAGAGAAAACCCUCUUCUCCAUCGCCGCCGCCGUCGCCCCCGCUGAAAGAAAUAUCCCUCCAGAAGUCGGAUGGAAAGUACUCACCAAAAAUGGUGGCAGGCCCGCCGCCACCUCCGCCGCUACCGCCGGCGGGAUACUGGGAAACCAGGGUUUCAAGAGCAGGGCUCGCAGGGGAUCGUCCUCCUCUCUUCUCUCCGCGACCCACCGGCGGGAAGGCCCUGACGGCGAUUCACCCCGCUAAGGCGGCGCUGAACUCGGACGGCGGAGCGAGGGCCGGUGAGGAGACCACCCCGCGGCCGAAGCUGAAGCCCCUGCACUGGGACAAGGUCCGGGCGAGCUCCGAUCGAGCCAUGGUGUGGGACCAGUUGAAAUCGAGCUCUUUCCAGUGAGACCGACGGCCCUGUUCUCUCUCUCUACAAAUCUCCUCCAUCCUCUCUCUCUCUCUCUCUCUAACUCUCUCUGUUACUUCUGGGGGCCUCUGGUUUGAAGGCUGAACGAGGAGAUGAUCGAGACGCUGUUCGUCUGCAAUGCUGUGAGCACAGCCCUCAAGGAGACGGCCAGGCGGCAGGUGCCUCCAUCGCCCAAAGAUGACGACCGCGUGCUCGACCCGAAGAAAUCUCAGAACAUCGCCAUUCUGCUCAGAGCUCUCAAUGUGACCAAGGAGGAAGUCUGCGAAGCCCUCCACGAAGGUAGGAGAUCUUCUUCUUCUUCUUCUUCCCUCCAUCUUCAUCAUCGUCGUCAUCAUCUUCUUCAUCUUCUUCUUCUUCUUCUUCUUCUUCUUCUUAUGGGAAACAGGGAACACGGAGAACCUGGGUGCGGAGCUCCUGGAGACACUGCUGAAGAUGGUGCCGAGCAGGGAGGAGGAGCUCAAGCUGAAGGAGCACAGGGAGGAGACCUCGCCCUUCAAGCUGGGCCCCGCGGAGAAGUUCCUCAAGGCCCUCCUCGACGUCCCCUUCGCCUUCAAGAGAGCCGACGCCAUGCUCUACAUCGCCAACUUCGACUCAGAGAUCAACUACCUCACGAAAUCCUUCCAAACUCUGGAGGUAACCACCGUCCUCGUCCUCCUGCACCAAAAUCUUAGAUCCUUGCAGAAGUUCACAGCUCUAAUAAAAAUAAUCUCAGGUCGCCUGCGAGGAGCUGAGAAGUAGCAGGAUGUUCUUGAAGCUGCUGGAGGCAGUCUUGAAGACCGGAAACCGGAUGAACGUCGGGACCAAUCGGGGCGGUGCGAGAGCUUUCAAGCUCGACACUCUGCUCAAGCUGGUCGACGUCAAGGGCACCGACGGGAAGACGACGCUGCUCCACUUCGUCGUGCAGGAGAUCAUAAGAUCCGAAGGGUCGCGGCUCGCCGCCGGCGAUAUUUCCGGCGAGGAUCGCCGGUCCAAGAAGCUUGGGCUGGAGGUCGUCGCAGGGCUCGGGGGCGAGCUGGGCAACGUGAAGAAGGCCGCCACCAUGGACUCUGAGGUGCUCAGCGGCGCGGUGGCGAAGCUCGCCGGCGGCGUAGGGAAGGUCGCCGAGGUCCUGGAGCUGAGCGGCGGCGGCGCCGCCGGUGGCCAGCUGGAGAGUUGCCGGAGGUUCAGGGACGCGAUGGAGGGGUUCCUGAACCGAGCGGAGGACGAGAUUGCGAAGAUUCAGGCGGAGGAGAACGUCGCUCUGUCUCUGGUGAAGGAGAUAACGGAGUACUUCCAUGGGAACUCCGCCGAGGAGGAGGCCCACCCCUUCAGAAUCUUCAUGGUGGUCAGGGACUUCGUUUCUACUCUCGAACAGGUCUGCAAGGAGGUGGGGAAGGUCAACGAGCGGACGAACAUCAGCUGGCCGCGCCAGCUUCCGGUGCCGAUCAACCCAACGCUGCCGCAGCUCUUUCCCCGGCUCCAGUCGCACACAACGGGGAGCUCAGACGACGACGACGAUAGCUCCCCCUUCUAG